AAAAAAAAAAAAAUAAAGACUCUUUGAGCCAAACCCUAGGCCUAGGGUUUUAAGUUGUUGAAAUUCCCAACUGCCAAGCCAGACUCACUAGUCACACUCUUUUCCAAUUCUCCACUUGAGAAGGACCAAUUUUUGGUGCGGAACCUUUUUCCGGCUUCUCUUUUUGUCGCCGGCGACCAUUUACUUAUCCCCAUUCUUAAAGUAAAGUUUGAGAAACAGUACAGUAGAAUGGAUGCGAGAUUGACGAAUGCAUGGCGAAUGACUGUGAACGAGAAGAAAUUCAUUGAGACUGCUUUGGCUUCGGACAUGAGAGUCGACGGUCGUAAUCCCCUUGAGUAUCGUAAAAUAACAAUCAAGUUUGGCAGAGAAGAUGGGUCAUCAGAGGUGCAGCUAGGCCAGACUCAUGUAAUGGGUUUUGUGACAAGUCAACUAGUUCAACCUUAUCGAGACCGACCAAAUGAAGGGUCACUUUCGAUUUUUACGGAGUUCUCGCCCAUGGCUGAUCCUUCAUUUGAGCCAGGCCGUCCUGGAGAAUCUGCAGUGGAGUUGGGCCGAAUAAUCGACCGAGGUCUAAGGGAAAGCAGGGCAGUGGAUAAAGAAUCACUUUGUGUUCUUGCUGGGAAGUUAGUAUGGGCCAUUCGAAUUGACCUUCACAUCUUAGACAAUGGGGGGAAUCUUGUUGAUGCUGCCAAUAUUGCUGCUUUAGCUGCUCUCUUGACAUUUCAGAGGCCAGAAUGUACAUUAGGAGGAGAAGACGGUCAGCAAGUGAUAGUACAUCCACCUGAGGUGAAAGAACCACUUCCAUUGAUAGUGCAUCAUCUUCCUAUAGCUGUAACUUUUGCAUUUUUCAACAGUGAGCACACCAUGUUGAUAGAUCCAACCCAUAAUGAGGAGGCUGUUAUGGGGGGAAGAAUGACUGUUACAGUGAACGCAAAUGGUGAUAUUUGUGCUAUUCAGAAAGCUGGAGGAGAGGGUGUGACACAGAGUGAUAUAAUGCGUUGUUUGCGACUUGCGUCUAGGAAUGCUGAGUCCAUAACAAAGAAGAUAAAAGAUGCAGUUGAGGCAUACAGCACAGAGAGAGCAUUACGCAAGAUCAAGCGCCAUUCUACUUCUGUUGCUGUCAAUGUUAGCUUAUCUGGUGGUGAUGUUAGGGAGCAUGAAAACAAAUCUUUCAUGCACAGGGGCAAUAGUGAAUUGUCAAGAGACCAGACGGAGAGAUUGAAGCUAGUAUCUGAGGAAAGCUGCACAAGCCAAAGUAAUGACAUAGAUGGUGGUCUGAGGUCAUCUGAACAAGGCGGAACUAGUUGCCGAGAGGGCAAUGCUACAAAUUUCCUUGGGGGGCGUUCUAGAUGGGAUCCUUAUUCGAAGGGUGUUGAUUCAGAUUCCCUGAAAGCUUCUCUAGCUUCAUGUGGAAUAUCAACACCCAAUAAACAUAAAGGAGCUGAGCAAAAGAGCACUCAAUUUGAGGAAGAUAAAAUACCUGAUGAUACUGAACCAGCUACUUCAGUUGCUGAUGCUGGGCCUCAAAUGAGUGGAGAGAAGACUUUGAAAGAUACUGUAAAGCCUAAGAACAAGAGAAGGAAAAAGACAUCCUCCAGCAUGAAUGCAAGUUAGAUGAACUUCUGACCUGAGAAAUUUCAUCAUUUCAUGUAUCAGGUUCUCAAGGUACAAGUUCCUUAAACUCUCAUUGUUAAGUUGGAAAGUAGAUGGUGUUGAAAAAUUUACGCCACUCAUUGGUGAAUGACAUGGAGGGAUCAAUAGUAGCCAGUGUGUUUAAGUGAAAACCAUAAAGAGAGUUGAUCCUUCACAAUAUAAGUUGUUUUUGCCUGCUGAGGAGUCAGUUAUGGCUUGUUGAUCAUAUCUCUACAUUGCUCAAGUUGCAUCUUCUUCUUCUUUUUUAAAGAAUUUUGGAUUGAUUAAUUUAUUAGAGCUCCCACAGGGGAUGGGGCAUGCCUAACGCCACUUUUUUUUUUUUUUUUUAAAAGUUCCAUAUAAAAAGGUGUUCCGACAAAUUUGUUAUCUCACAAAGGGAAGAAAAUAGGAAAAAAUUGUUAUGCAAACAUCAAGCUUAUAGUGGAUUUUCAUUCAACUUGUGGUACAA